AUGGAAAUUGAUUAUUGUGAUAAUCAAGAUUCAAAAUGGAAUAUUGGUAUUUCAUGUGUCGUAAGAAUAUCUUUAAAAGAUGGUACACACAAAGAAGAUAUUGGUUACGGUAGUUCAGAAAAUCAGAGAAGAAAAUGUGAAGCUUUUGAAAAAGCAAAAAAAGAAGCUGUCACUGACGCUUUAAAAAGAGCUUUGCGGCAAUACGGUAAUUCUCUAGGAAAUUGUUGUUAUGAUAAAGAAUUUAUUAACAAUGUAAGAAAAAUAGAAAAAAAAGCAAGAGGAUUUGUUAGUGCUAAAGAUCUUUAUAGACAUGAAAACAAUAUAAUAGCAAACAAUAAAUCUUUAAAUAAACAAGAUGAAGAUUCUGCAGAUUUUGAAGCCUUUACAAUGUCUAAUGAUUGA